GGGUGGGGGGAGAUGUCAAACGUCCGUAUUUCUAAUGGGAGCCCUACCCUGGAGCGCAUGGAAGCCAGGCAGUCGGAGUACCCGAAGCCGUCAGCUUGCAGGAACCUCUUCGGGCCGGUGAAUCACGAAGAGUUAAACAGGGACUUGAAGAAGCACCGCCAGGAGAUGGAGGAGGCAUGCCAGAGGAAGUGGUCACUGUGAGAUCAAAAGACUGAUGUUUCUGAAAAUCAGACGGACUUUGCAGAGCAGUGCACUGGGCAGAGGAAAAGACCUGCCACCGAUGGUAACGUACCCUUGCGAAAGCGACAGCGCUUUUCUCCGCCUGCCCUGCUGGUGUCAGCGCCGGGGCUCUCGGCUCCCUCGCCCGUGCCACGCGUGGCCUGACCGCGGUGGGCUGUGCCCCGCUGGGCACC